AUGGCUGUCGAAGAUAAAAAGUUGGCUUUAAAAAGACAAUUUUUGGGAUACAUUCAUCCAUUAAAAUCAAUCACCAAUGAUUUGGUUCAAAAAGAAUGUUGGAUAGAACAGAUGAAGUAUUUGGUUCAAGACUUUAAAACACUUCUCAAUUUACCAUUUAAAGAAUUUUGGUCGACAGUUGUUUUCAACAAACAAGCUACUAUGGGAUUAUGUACAUUUCUUCAAGAAGCUGCUCCUCCUCACUUGAUGGAUCAACUUCCACAGGAUGGUGAUGUUUUGAUCGUUUACAAUGAAAUUGAUAAUUUUGCUUAUAAGUUAUUUAAACGACUAACUAAAUCCUCUGAAAAUAAAGAGAAUUGUAUGUCACCUCAGUAUAUGUGGAGCUUGUUAUGUCAUAACAAUAUUAUAAGUAUUCCCAUGUUGUUUGAUAUAUGUUCAAUUUAUGGCCAAUCAUAUAAAAAGGAAUUAGAAAUAAUUUUCAAAGAAUUGUUUACUUGUCAAAAAUUAUACAAAGAAAACUUAAAAAACUUUAUUCAAUUUACAAUUAAUUGCUUAAAUCAGUUUCAAGAUAAAAUCGAAAUAGAGAUGGGGUAUGGUAACCUCAUGUGUCAAAUUAAUGAAACCUCUACAGACAUUGGAGAAAGAAAUCUUUGUUUGAUCGAAGAUAAUAUUAAUUAUUUAUUAGACAUAUCAUAUAAUAUUACAAAUUUCUUGGAAAUUUAUCCAAUGGCGUCUAGAAAUUUUUAUGAAGAGAAAUUUCAUAUUGAAAUAGCUUCCUUUUAUCAUAGUAUAAAACCAAUAGUUUAUAAGAAAGUAAUUGCUAUGAAUAAAAUGGAAAAAUUCCAAGAAAAGAUUCACGCAUCAAGAUUAUUACUUGUGAAAAGUGUUAGACAGUGUUUAUUUCAUAUAUCUACCCAAAUUACAAAUAAAUCAGAGAAUGCCGUAGAAGAGUAUUUAGAAGUUAUUAGUGAGCUACUAGAAUACAAUGAAUUUGUCAACGACUAUACUCUUGUAUAUAAUUUAACUAAGGAUAUAAGGAAAUUUCAAAAAUCUAAUAAGGAAAUAGACUCAGCAAGAUAUGAUUAUUUAUUAAAAUCAUUAGAAUUAAUUAAUAAACCAUAUACUGAACUUACACAAAAAGAAUUACAAGAAGAACAGUUGGAGGUACAAACCAUUAGUACAAAUAUAGAGAACGCAAAAUUGCAGUCUCUUAUAAAUAAUGUAAAAGAUUUAUUUCCCCAUUUAGGAGAUGGAUUCAUCCAGAAAUGUUUAGAAUAUUAUGAAAUGGAUUAUGAAAAAGUUAUAAACAUGGUCUUUGAAAAUUGUCUCCCUUCAGAACUUACUCAGUAUGAUUUAAAUCUUCCUUUGAUGUCAGCGUAUGAGGAUAAUGCUACUGGUUUUGAUCCUUCAAUUAAAGGAAAUAAGAAACUUAAGAAAUUUAAAAAACUCUUAGACAAUAAAUCUUUCCGAAAUGAAAUGCGCCCAUUUUAUGAAAAAUAUUAUGUCACUGAAGUUACAUGUGCUGAAUUGGAUUCAUAUUAUAAUGAUGAACACAAUGAUACGUAUGAAAUUGAAUAUGUUAGACCAGAACCAGUAGAUGAAAAUACAAAGAGAAGACCAGAUGUUGUACCAAGGGUUUUAAUGGAGAAAAAAGCUAUAACUGAAGUUAUAAAAGAAGAGUCUUCAGAUGAUGAACCACAGAAAGUAUCGAAUUUUCAACCAUUCUGUGAAAAUCCUGAAGAAGUUCGAGAACGACAAGCUAGGAAAUUUGCUGCAAAGCAAUCUAAAAAAAAGAAUAGAAAUAACCCACAAGUAGCUUCUUCGUCAGCUAAACCAUCUGGGCCAAAUGUUGAGUUGGAAAGGCAAAGGAAAAAUGAGAACAAAGCAUUCAGCGGGAACCAUAACAGAAGAAAUGCUGCAAGAAACAAACAACAAAAGGGAAUGUUUUAA